GAAGAAAAGUUAUUGCUAGAACAAAAACUUAGCAGAACAGAGGAGGACCUUACAAGACAGCUGAAUUAUACACAGCAGGCCUUGUCAGAAAAGAGCAGAGAACUAGAUAAUUUAAAAAGCGAAUGGGCCUCCAAGAUAGCAUCAUUGAACAGCAAACACACUCAGGAAUUAUCAAAUGAGAAGGAAAAAACUCUGCAGGCACAAGCACAUUAUCAGCAACAGAAUGAGCAACAGAAAAGAGACUUGGAAAACUUGCAUCAGAAAACUGUCCAGCAACUGCAGAACAGGCUGAAGGAGCUGGAACUUGCUAACAAAGACUUAAUGGAAAGGAGAUACAAAGGCGAUUCCACAGUCAGGGAACUUAAAGCAAAAUUAUCAAGUGCAGAAGAUGAAUGCCAGAGAAUGAAGCAAGAAGUUCUAUCCUUACGUCGGGAGAAUACUACCUUAGAUGCUGAAUGCCAUGAAAAAGAGAAGCAAGUUAAUCAGCUGCAGAUGCGAGUUGCUGUUUUGGAACAAGAGAUCAAAGAUAAGGACCAGCUUGUUGCUAGGACAAAAGAAGUAUUAGAAGCAACACAAGAGCAAAAGGUUCCUAGCAUUUUCCCCCAUAGUACCAUUAUAACAAACGUAGUCAUUAAAGUUCAUUAUGAUCUAAAAUGUUAUGUUACGUGUUUGGCUUAA